GCAUCAAGACACAGCUGCAAGACGAUACACAAUACAGAGCCAUUCAGUAACAACAUACAAGAAUGGCAUUGGUUAAAAGAACUAAUGUUCAAUUUGGAGGGAUCUUGUUGUCCUUGACAGGAUGGAUUCUCUCCUGUGUCACUACCUAUAUUCCUGUCUGGAAAAACCUCAACUUGGAACUAAAUGAGUUAGAAAAUUGGACUAUGGGACUGUGGCAAACUUGUGUGGUCCAAGACGAAGGCCCCAUGCAAUGCAAGGAUUUUGAUUCUUUUUUGGCACUGUCUUCUGAGCUCAAGAUAUCAAGGAUCCUUAUGUGCUUAUCCAAUGGCUCAGGUAUAAUUGGGCUUCUGCUCUCAAUUUUUGGCCUGGACUGUGUGAGAAUUGGAAAAGGAAAUCAAGCACAGAAGAACCGUCUACUACUUUUUGGAGGAAUAAUGCUUUGGACUUCAGGAUUAAGUGCCCUGGUCCCUGUGUCCUGGGUGGCUUAUGAAACAGUCCAGGAAUUUUGGGAUGAGACUAUUCCAGACAUUGUCCCAAGGUGGGAGUUUGGGGAAGCCCUGUUCAUGGGCUGGUUUGGAGGAUUUUUCCUAAUACUUGGUGGCUCACUACUUGCUUCUUUAUACUGUUUUGCACGGGCAGAUCAUGCGCCUGUCUAUUACACACCCACCCAGCAGCAUGAGAAAUGCCUUCACUUGGACCCUAAAUAUCCAGACCUCACUAUAUGAAGCUAAUGAGCUUAUAGGGAAAAUGAAUUAAAACCAAGCAAGGUAAAUUCACUAUAGGUAGCCUGUUAAAAUAUACACCAUAUUACACAUACCCCAUGCCUUAUUAGUUGGAAAUUACAUGCAAUUCUGUCUCCUGUGGAGGCCAUGUCUCUCAGACACAUACUUUCAUAGAAGAAUUUGUAAAAAGCAAUUGUAUAUUUAUUUUGCAGAACAUCUUUUGAGGGGAUCAAAAAACAUGUGUUUUUGAGAAAUAGGGCCUAUCCACUUGAAAUUACAAUUUGAAAUAAACUGCACUAUUAGCUUUUACCUUCUACAUGAAUGCUUAUUUCAGAAGUAGCACCUGCGUCACAGGUUUAGUUUGUUCUUAGUUUAGAUUUAUUCCAAUCUGUGGCCUCUUUUUUCCUGGGAUUUUACUAAUGACAACUUGGAGAGGAUUCCACCGAAUGUACCAUGAACCUUGGGAACAAUAGAGGUUUUAUGGGGUUUCUCUCAUUACUGGUGCUGCAUAUUUUGACCUUUUAAAUAUCGUACUGAGAAUUAUGAGAUCACAGAACAUGAGAACUUGAACAAUGUUCUCCUAAGAAGAAUUCAAGACAAGUAACUAAUCUGACAAAUACAAUAUCUUGGCUAAUUGAGCACGGAGCUAAUUGCUGCAUAAACCCUUGACUAAUGUUACAGUACUUUUCCUAUGUUCAUAUUAUAUCCUUUAAUAAAUUGUCCUCAGCAGGUCAAUGAUUAAUA